AUGGCAGCUGCCCCCACACCGUCGGCUCCCCUGGUGUGUCAGAAGUGCCAGGAACCCACGACCAUGAGUUGCAGCUCGGCAACGGGCCGCAACCCGUUGUUGAGAGCCUGCAACGGAUGCCUCGCGACGGAGAGAUGGUUGACACGUGCCAGCGCCAGGCCGAAAGUCGGCAAGACUGAGUCCGAGCAGGACAAGGAGCGGCGGGUGUCAGCCCUCCAAGUAAAGGAGGACCUCAAGCAAAAAACGCCAGAAGAAAAGGCUCAGUGGUACCAAAGCCAGAAGCUGCAACGUGCCCAGGAGGAGCAGUCCAAAAAGAGGACUUUCUCCUCCGCGGUCGGAUCUGUCGAAGACAUCCGUGAGAAACAGAACAUCUCGGACGAUGUCGAGAGUUUCGUAACCUUCCGCACCUGGGCACAACAGGAACUCACCCUCAAAACGUUCUCGACUCUUGCAGAGGCAAAAGUUGCCUGGGAGAAGAAAAUCAAGGACCCCAACACGAGGACCAUGCAGAAGCAUGGUGAGACACUCAUGUAUGAAUUCCGGGGAGUCGAACUGAGGGGACGAGAUUCCCACGGACUGCGAGCGGGAUUGCGACAGCGCAUGGACAUCGGCUCCCAGGAAGACCUCGACGAGUAUCACGAGGAGAGCGGGAGCAGGAUGAAGCGAGCUCGCCAACGGUUGGACAUUGAGACUGCGGCCAAGUUCGAGGCCGGGGAGGCCGAGCUGGAGAAGCCGGUGCCGCUUUUGACGGUGUCCAAGGACAUCGGCCAGCUGAAAGAAAUCGAAGAGAGCAGGGACGAGGAGCUGUUUUCUCUUGCCACGAAAGUUGCAGCAGAGAAAAAGGCCCAACAGGCCUUGAAGAAAGAGGAGCUGGAGAAGAAGCCCAAGAGUCUCCCACUGGAGAAGCUCGCCUUCGAGGCGGCUCGAAAGAAGGCCAUCCAGUCCAUGAGCGACGUGGGGCUGCGGUUGCGCAACAGCCUGACAGCUCAGGACACGGAGCUGGAAAAGACCCUGGAGACGGAGAGCCAGGAUCUGCGAGACGAAAGGAGCGAGAAAGUGAAGGAGAUCGACCAGAUGCUGGCCUCUGUGCAGGAGGCAAUGCAAGAGAAGGACCUUGAGUGGAAAGAGUGGGAGAACAGCACCUGCCCAGAGGAUCUCGCGGUGAGCCGCGAGAAAAUCCAGCAGUUCAUUAAGAGCUACCACACUGCCGAGCCCAAGCUGAAAGCUGUCAAGGACAAGCUGACAGAUCUGCGCCUUUGGCAUGGUAAGUUAAAGAAAAGCAUCAACGACCGGGAGAAAGCAGCAGCAAAGACAUCAGCCAACAAGAAGCUGUCCGGUGGUGAGAAAAACCUCGCACUUCUUGCCGCCGAUCUAUGCGGCUGCACCCUGGAGCCGACAGGCUCCGUGGACUACUCCUACAUCGGCCCGAACUUGCUGAAGAAAAACUCCCCGCUCGUGUUCGAAAAAGCCCGCAGCAGCCAGCUCACGGCAACCAUCCGGGGCCUGGAAUAUUACCGCCUGCAAAAAUCCUGGGUUGCGGAGAAGAUGAAGAGUGCGAACACUUCCUCCUGCACGGCGAUGAUAAGCAAGAAGCCGGUGGUGAAGAAGUUGGGGGAUGUGUUGCUUCGGUCCUGGUCAGAGAUCUACGGCGGAGCAGAGGAGCGGGCCUGUCUCACGGGCGUUCCGGAGGAUAUGAAAGACCACUUCGUGGUCCAGUUCGGACAGCGGAUGAAGAAGACUUGCAGUGUUCUCUUCCGCACGGAUCUUAACCUGCCCACCCUGGUGGUGGUGCUGGAAGGCCGCUUGACCAUCGGAGGGUUUCGCCAGCGAGUGCUCAAGGGGAGCACAGAGGCGGAAAAGGCAGCUGAGUUGGAUGCCUUGAAGGCACCGGAUGUCCAAGCUUUACUGGGCCUGCAAUUGCACGCAGCCUUCGAUGGUCGCGAGGAGGCGGCUGAACUAAUAGAGGUGUUCAUGCCAGGCAUCAACAGAGAUGGGAAAUAUCAGAGAGCUGAUGUUCUUGUGACAUGGGCACGAGAAAACGAAUCAGCAAUCAAGCGGCAGCGAAGGGAGUCAUUGCAUGGUAUGUGGGAAGUGCUACCACAGCAACGUGUGGUGCCGAAGCUGACAGACACAUUUGAUGAGCUGGCAAGGAGCAACCCGCUUGUCCUGCUGCCGGCGCUGCAGCGGAAGAGGCGCUUGCUUAAAGAAAAUACGGACGCUACACAGCGCGCGAAGGAGGAACAGCUCGCAAAGAAGAAGUAUGCCUUACAAUUGGCCGGGAUACUUAAGGAAGCGAAGUUGCCACUGGUGCAACAGCUGGAGGGAGUGGACCAGCCUGAGGAAGUUUGGCCACGGAUAUUUGGAACCCGCAGGAGCAAAACGCUGCGAAACCGCUUGAAGGCUUGGCAACCCUUUAGGACGUGGCUGCAGUGCGUCCAUGAUGCGCAAUGGCCGACUAGCGUGCGGCAGCUGAUUGAUUAUAGCAAUGAGAGAUUUCAAAGUGAGUGUGGCAAGACAGUGCUGAACAGUUUCCAGGCGUCGCUGGCUGUCUUGGAGCAGGUGGGAAAGGUCGCUGAGACACAGCGGCUAUCGAGCGACACAACAUGGCUGGCACACUUGAAGUCAUUGACUGCAGACUUGGUGGGUGAGCAAGCGCCCGUACAGCAAGCCCCAAUGAUGACGGUGGCUAUGAUCAUUUCACUUGAGCUGCACAUUGCGAGGGAGGACGAGCCUGAGUAUGUACGGGCAAUGGCAUUCGUUGCGCUGCUGGCUGUGUAUGGUUCCAUGAGAAUGGACGACUUGCAAGGGAUGCUGCCGGCUACCAUGCGGCUUACUGCACAGGGCUUCAGAGCUACGCUUGGACGCACCAAGACAACAGGCGUCGAUCGGCGCAACAAGGAGGUCACAGUCUUCAUACACAGGCAGGCGGGUUUGUCCGGCUUUGAUUGGUUAGGUGAGGGUUUCGCGCUUUGGAAGAAGUAUACGCAGCCGAGAGACUACCUAGUCAUGACUGCCAGGGACGAUUGGAAAGGGCCAACUAAGCAUUUCGCUAAGAGCGAAGUUGUCGCUGGCUAUGUGCGUGAGGUUUUCAAGAGGCUUGCAACGCCGAAGUUUCAGGAUGGGGCAUACCGCCUCAACUUGCAGAGAUACCUCCUGGUGGAAGGGGCUCAAGGCUUCUUCACGGGGCAUAGCCCACGCAAUUGGCUUACUUCAGCCGCCGCAGUGUUGGGUUGGACUAAGGAUCAGAGGGAUUUCUUGGGUCGUUGGCUUAUCGGUGGUUCUGGUUCAGCUGACUACACGCGCACAUCCCGGGAAGUCGUGCAUCGUAUUCAGAUCGGAGUCUGCAGAGCAAUUGUCACCGGCCAAGGGGGCGAGUAUCAAGAGAUCGAGGCCCUCGAAGAGUUAAAGGCUUAUGUGGACGAGCGUGGAGGUUCAGGUGCAUUGGCAAGGAGGCGGCAUGACAUUCUUAGGACUGUGGGAGGUGCGCGCUGCUUGGGUAACAAGUGGCCUGUCAUUGAGUUAGAUGAUGCAGAUGCCAGUGAGGAGGAGGAGGCUGCCGAAGCCAUGACCGUUGAGGGCAUUGCCACAAAAUACUUUAUUAGCAUCAGUCGUAAGACGGGCCAUCGCAGGUUGCACUUGAACGGGAUGAAGGAGGAUCAAGGUUCCGAAGAAGACCAGGCGGAUCAGAGAGCUGAAGUUGCGAAGAUGGAUUCAGACUUGCAAUAUGUGCUUCAGGAAGCCAGUGCGUCACUGGCCACACAAUAUCAGGUUGCUCGGCUCCAUCAGAGUCGUAGGCGAUUCCAGGCGAUCGCCGAUAACCGCGAAGGUGCCAGGACAGCGGCACGUGACUUCGGGAUUAAUCCCGAUACGCCUGCAGGCCGUGUUGAGGUGGCCGCGAUAGUAGCUGCAUGGGAACUUGCAAAGGAGUAUGCGAGUAAAGAAGUCGAGCUUCGUGCGGAGGCGAAGGUGUUAGGCCAUAAGAGGAUCUUGCAAGUGCAGGAACGCCAAGCUAUGUUGAAGGCGGUGACGGAUGCAUACGGGAAGAUGAAUGAAAGCGAGACGCCAAGUGCGGAGUACUUGGCCACCAAGGCCGAAGAAUGCGAGAGCAACGAGCCCCUAGCGAGUUCACUUGAUCGUAUCUCUUCAAAGAAAGAUUCGCAGGUGGAGAGCCUCCAGACAAGCAUUGAUCCCACUGGGCAUGUUCGUGUGACAAAGACGAUGCAGAAGUUGGAAAUGCCGCAUCACUCCGAGGGCUACCGUCGCUUGAUGAAGGUGGAGGCCCAUGCCUGGCUCUGCAUGAGUGCCCGAUUUAAGGCGAAGGCAUGGUUGCAAGGGCUUCAGCUUGAAGAUUUUACAAGGUUUGUAGAAUACAUCUUGGGAGAUCGUGUUGGCAAUUUGAAGUUGCCCACUGCUUCAGGGCAGGAGACGCAGUUCAAUCGGUUCAUGUUUUUCGUUCUGCAGGCAGGCUGGCAGGCAGCAGCACUGCCUAAGCCUCGCAUCCUCAACCUCGAGGCAGCAUCGGCUGUCAGUUAA